AUGAAGACUUAAGUAAGCCAAUAAAAUACCCCUAAGUAAAUUCAAUUUGAUAAUGCAGAGCUGCUUCGAAAUAUUCAUACAAAGAAUCCUACUAAUAAAGAACACCACUUCGAUAGGACAAUUUUUUGAAUCUUUAUGAAAAAUAUUUGAAUUGUCAGGGAAGGAAAAGAUCUCAUUAAAUGGAUGAAGCUCGAAGUCCUUUACAAUAAUCUACUUCCCUGCAUUAUUUAAAUAAAAAAAAUGAAGUUGGUGUACAUAGAUUUUCUCUCGAUAAUUUCAACUUGGAUAAGAGGUAGUGUAAUAUAUUAUUAUUAAUACUUAGUUCCAAAGGAUUGAAAUCAUAUCUCACAACCAUCAAUAGUUCAAAUAGCAUUUUAAAUUAGAAGGCUAAUAAUUCAUACUUUCCAAACAAAAAUGAUUCAAGUUAGAUUAGAUCAUAGACAGCAGAUGGAUAAAGUGUGUUGACAGAUGAAAUUGACAAAAAACCUAUUAAAGAUAAAUUCAUUGGUAUGAAAUUCAAUAAUCAUUUUAGUAGAUGUUGUGUGUAAAACAAAGAGAUUGGCUGAAAAGCUUCAAUAAAUGAAUAAAUAAAAUUAAAAGAUGAAAGAAUCAUAAAAUUUGGCUUUUCUAUUAAAAGGUCAUUAGUAAAAGAAAUAAUCAUUCACAAUUUAAGAUUUAAAAAAAGUUUUAGCUAAAACAAAAAUAAUUCUGGAGAAUUAUAAAAGAGAAAAUAAAUUAUUGAUUGAACAUAAUUUAUUAUUAAAUGAUGAAUUAUAAGAAUCAUAAGAUAAACUCAGAUAAAAAAAUGAAGAAAUUUAAAGAUUAAGACAAAUGCUAUAUUAACAAUGA